AUGGCAAAGCGACUGGGUCAGAGUAUUUCUGAAACGUCAAGGCUUGUGUGUUGCUCCUGGUCAGCAGUGGUGAACAUUUACCAACAGUGUCUGAGGAGGGACAAACCACAAACUGGCGACAGGGUGUUGGACACCCAAGGCUUGUCGAUGCACGAGGACAAGAAAGGCUAUCCUAUCUGGUCUGAGCCAACAGAAGCUCCACCUCACAACCUACAGGACUUAAAGGAUCUGCUAAUGUCUAGGUGCCAGAAACCACAGCACACCUUCAGAAGUCCUGUUGAGUUCAUGCCUCGGCAGGGAGAUUCAGUCACUUUAUACACUGAUCUUACUGAAAUAAUGGAUGGUGAUCUGAUUCUGUGGAGGUUUGGAAUGAAAAACACUUUAAUAGCUGAAAUAGAUGUACAGGCCGACACUAUCACUGUAUAUGAUGAUGUUCCUGAUGGGAAAUUCAGAAACAGACUGAAACUGAACAAUCAAACUGGAUCUCUGACCAUCACAAACAUCACAACUGAACACAGUGGAUGUUAUGAACUACAGAUGAUCAGAAAUAUGAGCAAGAGUUUCAAUCUAACUGUCUAUUCUCGUCUGCCUGUUCCUGUCAUCAGCAGUAACUCUUCACAAUGUUCUUCAUCAUCAUCAUCAUCAUCAUCAAAUUGUUCAUUGUUGUGUUCAGCUGUGAAUGUGGGUCAUGUGACUCUCUCCUGGUACAAAGGAAACAGUUUAUUGUCCAGCAUCAGUGUGUCUGAUCUCAGCAUCAGUCUCUCUCUACCUCUGGAGGUGGAAUAUCAGGAUAAAAACACCUACAGCUGUGUGCUGAACAAUCCCAUCAGCAACCAGACUCAACAUCUGGACAUCACUCAUCUCUGUCACACAUGUGCAGUUACAGACUCAGUGUCUCUGAUAGUGCUGAUCUCUGCUGGAUCUCUGUUGAUUGUUGUUGCAGUCGGGAUCUGCUGUAUCUGCAGGAAAUGUAGAAAAACUGCUCAAGUGUUUCUCAACCAGGGGUCCGUGGACCUCUAG